AGCAUCACGUUCUACUGUCACUUUUUGCGCGCAAUUUAUCAAAAUUUCAGCAACACAAAAAUUUUGUCUGCAGAACAGUAUGGUUGAAGAAAGCGAAAGAUCGGGUUCAAUAAUAAAGUUACUAAUAAGAUGCCGGCUCGAUAUGGAGGCCGAAUUUGCAGCCGGCAAAAAGAAAAAAGCGGUCCUUUGGGGUAGAGUCCUAGAGUCUAUGAAAGCAGUGAAUCCCGAAAUAAAGGAUUCAAAGGAGGCAAUUCAGAGGAAAUUUUUGAAUAUGUUGGCCUCGUACAAGAGGAUAAAAAAGAGGAAUAAAUCCACAGGAAGGGAUGCCACCAGCUGGGAGUAUUUCGAAGAAUUCAAUGCUGUUUAUGGCAGCCGCCACUCAAUUGAGCCUCCAUUGGAGAAUUUGCUAUCCUCCCUGGGAAGUCCCACGUGCGAAGACUCGGAUUGCGGUGACUCGGACAGUUACCUUGGAAGUGCAAGUAAACGCUCCAAAAAAUCGCAAAACGAGACAUUAACAUUUUUAAAGGCGGAAUCUAGUCAGGAGCAAAAACGCCACGAUGAACUAGUACAACUAGAGAGAGAGAAGCUAGAAAUUGAAAAGGAAAAAAUUUCCGUUUUGAGUGCGUUGCGAGAAAUUCUGGCGAAUAGAAUUUAAUUACAUUAAUUACCUG